GACGGGCGGACAUGAAAUGUGGGCCCUGCGGGCCGCCGUCCGCCCGGGGGCCUGGCUGCCCCGCGUGGUUCGCUGCCGCCCGGCUCUGCGGGCCGCGGUGCCGCUGCCGCCCUGCCCCGAGCGCGCGCUUGCCGCCUUCAGACCCGGGGACCCGGGGGGCCUGGAGGGGCGAGGGGGCGGCGGCCGGGGCCCAUGGGCGGAUGGCCGGAGAAGCCGAGCGGGAGAGGAGGAGGAGGAGGAGCCAGAAGAUGCGGACGAGGACGAGGACGAGGAGCUGCUCAGGAGGGACCCUCUGCUGCCGGCGGGCGCCCAGCGCGUGUGCUUGGUCCACCCUGAGGUCAAGUGGGGCCCUGGGAAGCCGCAGCUGACCCGAGCCGAGUGGCAGGUGGCGGAGGCGAGGGCGCUGGUGCACACACUGGACAACUGGUCGGUGGUGGAGACGAUGGUGGUGCGCACCAGGACGCCCGACAAGAAGCUCAUGUUCGGCAAAGGGAACCUGGAGCAGCUGACGGAGAGAAUCAGGGGGUCGCCCGAGGUCACCGCCGUCUUCCUCAACGUGGAGAGGAUGAGCGCGCCCACCCAGAAGGAACUGGAAGCCGCCUGGGGUGUGCCGGUGUUUGACCGGUUCACGGUGGUUCUGCACAUUUUCCGCUGCAACGCGCGGACACGGGAGGCCCGGCUGCAGGUGGCGCUGGCCGAGCUCCCCGUCCUCAGGUCCAGCCUGAGACGUGACGUUGCCCGUCUGGACGGCCCGGGCCGGGGCUCUCGCUACAUCAUGGGCUCAGGGGAGUCCUUCAUGCAGGUGCAGCAGCGUCUCCUGAAGGAGAAGGAGAUGAAGCUCCGCAGGGCCCUGGAGCGACUCCGGAGGAAGAGACAGCUGCUGGGGAGGCAGCGCCGGCGGCGGGAGUUCCCGGUCGUCUCGUUGGUGGGCUACACCAACUGCGGAAAAACCACGUUGGUCAAGGCACUGACGGGUGACGCCGACAUCCAGCCACGGGAUCAGCUGUUCGCCACGCUGGAUGUCACGGCCCACGCGGGCUCCCUGCCCUCCCGCAUGACCGUCAUCUACAUGGACACCAUCGGCUUCCUCUCCCAGCUGCCCCACGGCCUGAUCGAGUCCUUCUCCGCCACCCUGGAGGACGUGGCCCAUUCGGACCUGAUCGUGCACGUGAGGGACGUGAGCCACCCCGAGACGGAGCUGCAGAAAGCGAGCGUCCUGUCCACACUGCGCGGCCUGCGGCUGCCCGCGGCCCUGCUGGACUCGGUGCUGGAGGUGCACAACAAGGCGGACCUGGUGCCCGGGUACAGCCCCGCGGGGCCGCACGUGGCCGUGUCCGCGCUCCUGGGACACGGGCUGGAGGAGCUGAAGGCGCGGCUGGAGGAGGCGGUGCUGAGAGCCACCGGGAGACGCGUCCUCACGCUCCGCGUGCGCCUGGCGGGGCCGCAGCUCAGCUGGCUGCACGAGGAGGCGGCGGUGCAGGACGUGCACGUGAUCCCCGAGGCCGGCGCCGCCGACGUGACGGUCAUCAUGAGCCACUCGGCCUACGGCAGGUUCAGGAAGCUCUUCCCACAGUGACCGCGCGGGGUGGCGGCGUCUCAGCCUCGGCCUGCAGCGCCCCUGGGGCCCCCCUCCACCCCCCCACCCCGCGCAGGGCUGGUGGCCGCCCGCUCGGAGCUUCGCGGGCCGUGAUCAGGGCGCGUGUGGACGGACUGCCCUUCCAGGAUGUUCCGGCCGCACGGUGUUAAAAGCUGUGUUACUGGGUUUGUAAGCCGCCUGUCUGGUUCUUCCACGCUGACGCCCAGCAGACGCUUCUGCCGCAGGGCAGUGAGAUUCGCCAUCUGCUGUGUUUGCGCGAGUGCACAGCUGCCAGGUCUCGCUUUCCCCCAGGUCAUGUCGUGGAAAUAAUUAAAAAUAAAGCGUCCCACCAACCCA